AUGAAGAGCUAUGAAUAUCCUCGAGUCCGCCCUCCCACGUCGAUACAGCCACCGCGGCCGCCGGCCGAUAACCGGUUUUCUUGGAUGGACGCAUCUGCAGAACAGGAGCACCGGGUCGGAGCGAGGAGAGAAACAAAUACACCAAUAUCGCAGCCAGCGUCGAACCAACAAAGUCCGGCACAAGGUCAGGCGCAGAUACAGACGAUGGAACUACAAGCCUAUGGUGGUGGCGUGGUCCCGCACCAGAUACACGAUCCGACCGUGGCACAACAGCAACAUCCCCAAGCUCCGCAGCCGUAUGGAGUCUACGCGACACAAGUACCUGUACAACAGGCUCAAAUGCAGCCGCCACCUCAACAUCCCACACCUCCUAUACCACAACCGCCUGAGCCCGUCAAGCAGCCGAUGAUCCCCCCGAAAGAAGCAACCAGCCCAAUAGCCCCCGACGCCAAUCCACUGUCACCGACGAACCCGAAACGUCCCAACCGAACCAGCACCAAUAUGGCUAUCGUGCCACCCUCCUCGAUGGACCCUGCACAGUUCUCGGCCAGCACAUUCACACCGAGUCCACAGUCCGUAAAAGGAGGCUCAUGGCAGCAUGGCUUGUGCUCUUGUGCUGAGCCUUCCAUCUGCAUGACGGGCCUUUUCUGUCCGUGCAUCAUCUAUGGCAGGACCCAGUAUCGGCUCGCUUUGAGGGACGAGCGGAAAGAGCCUACAAACAUGCUGGGAUACACAGCGGUCAACGGCUCCUGCAUAGCAUUCGGCGUCCUUUGUGGUAUCAAUGGGAUACUGGCCGCCAUCCAGCAUACACGGCUUCGAAAGACAUAUGGCAUGAGCUCCGAAGCCGGCAACGUCGCAGGUGACUGUUUGAAGGGUGUUUGCUGCUGCUGUUGUGUCGUCGCUCAGGAUGAGAAGGAGGUCAAGUUUCGCGAAGAACAAGCGAGGAAACCUGCCGGUUCCGCCACGAGGAAUGAGGGUUAUGUUGCGCCGCCCUCUAUGACAUUCAGCGCCCCACCGAGGUGA